AUGCUAGGUGAUGAGGACGACGUCUUUGAUAGCGUGACCUGGGAGUCUCCCGGCACGCAGGGAUACGACGCUGGUGGUCCGUCAUCGGCGCCGUCUGGCCCUGGAUUCAGGCAAAGCACGUCUGAGAGCGAUUCGGGACCCAACGAUCCGAAGUGGGAAGGCUACCUUAUCACCACGGUCAAGGAUCCUGUCAAAGAGCUCGCAGAGACCAAGGAUGCGUAUGUCUCCUACCUGGUGACGGCGACCACCAACCUUCCCAUAUUUUCGGCACCUAACCCGUCGACACGAAGGAGAUUUACCGAUUUCGUGUUCCUGAGAGAACACCUUGCGAAGGAUUUCUCGGCAUGUGUGGUCCCGCCUCUGCCAGGCAAGCACCGAAUGGAGUAUGUCACUGGCGAUCGCUUUAGUCCCGAGUUUAUGGAGCGGCGUCGCCUGGACUUGCACCGUUUCCUUCAACGACUGGCCAGACACCCAACGUUGCAAAGAAGCACACUGCUUCGUGCGUUCUUUGAGUCCACCGAAUGGCAUGUGCACAUGCACCAGCAUGUUGCCCACCCUCCAGGGCCGGAGCACUCUUCUGGCGUUAUGGACAGCCUCUCGGACACGCUCCUGAACGCCUUCUCACGUGUGCGCAAGCCAGACGAACGGUUCCUUACCAUGCGCGAGAGCGUAGACAAGUUCGAGGAUGGCAUCGCACUCAGCGAACGAUUCUGGAGCCGCGUGCGGAACCGGACGAGCGAUGGCGGUGCCGUGCUCGGUGAAGAUCUUACUGGGGACUACCACGACCUCGCCAUUGCGGUCCAGGGCCUGGGUUUCCUAGAGUCGGGCAUCACCGACCCCCUCAACCACUUUUCUAAUACCCUCCUCGAGUUCUCUGCCUUGCUGCGCCACUUGACGCAGACGACCACCGAUCCUUUCCUGGUCCACUUGCACUCCUUGCUCCAGUAUUCGCAUGCCAACCGGGCGGUGUUGAAGCUCAGAGAUCAGAAGCAAAUGGACUUUGAGGACCUCUCCGAGUAUCUGUCGAACCUCACGCAGGAACGCGACAGGCUCGCCGCCGUCAUCAGCGGGCGCGCGGGCAGCACGGGUCUUGGCCUUGGGUCGUACUUGAAGGACAAGGUCGAUGCCUUGCGCGGUGCAGAUGACGACCGGUCUCGGGUUGAGAAGAUGCGGAAGUUGGAUGGCAAGAUCAAGGAGCUACAAGACGCUGUCUCUGUGGCGCACGAUACGUCCGAUGCCUUCAGUGAGGAGACACUUCGUGAGCAAAAGGUGUUCCAAUACACGAAGGAAGCGGAGAUGAAGGAGAUGUUCGGAAAUCUUGCCGAUGGACAGAUUGAGUUUUACAAGGCUGCCAUGGAGGAAUGGGACAGGAUAAUACCUAUGAUCCAGCGCAUAAGAGUGGAUUCGCCGGUACCCACGGUGGCGGAUUCUGUUCGAGAACCUGUCAAGUUGUGGAAUCAAGUGCAGCCCUAA